AUGACAGUAUCGAAUAUACCAGGGUCACCUCAAGCGUUCUAUGCCUUUUAUUGUCUAUACUCCUAUUUCAUACAAAGUCAAGGUCGCAAGCUGACUCUAUCAAAGAUUUGUAAAACAUUAUAUCCAACAGUUGAAGUAGAUCUUGAGGAAAAGACCUCUUUGUUUGUAACAUGGAAGAAGAAGAAACACAGCAAGGAUGAGUAUCAGUUAAGGGGAUGUAUUGGAACUUUUUCUAAAUUACCAAUUGAUGACGGCAUUCAGAGAUUUUCUCUUGUCUCUGCUUUAGAAGACACAAGGUUUAGUCCUAUUUUAGAAACGGAAGUGCCAUUAUUAAAAUGUUAUUGUAAUAUAUUGCAAAAUUUUAAGGUUAUAUAUGAUAGUAAAAAAAGUAUUAAAGAAAAUGAUAUAUUUAACUGGACAUUAGGAAAACAUGGUAUUGAAUUGAGGUUUAGAGAUCCUCAUAGUUCAAAAAUAAAGUCAGCCACAUUUUUACCAGAUGUUAUGAUUGAGCAAUGCUGGGAUAAGACAGAAACGUUUAGGAACUUAAUCGAAAAAGCUGGUUGUUGGUCAAAUAUAGAUGAGAUUAUGGAUCAUUACGAUCAAUAUUUUGUAGAUGUUGUUAGAUAUGAAGGUAAUAAAAGUAGUAUUACAUAUAACCAAUUUAAGCUUGUUUUAGACAAGAUUUCGGAGAAAUGA